UCAGCACAAGCAGGAGUAGCUCCCCUGGCUGAGGAGGAGUACAUGAAGAAAUCAGCUCAAGAGUUUAAGGCUGCUUUCCCCUUUGAGAUCAGAGAUGUGCGUGGCAUUCCUAGCUAUAGCCGCAAGCAAGUUGAAGAUGAGGAAAUCGUGGAAUUUGCAGAAGCAGUACCAGCUCCGGUUGAGAAGGAGUACCUGAAGAAAGCAGCAGAGGAGUUCAAGGUUGAUUUCAACAAGAGACAAGAGAAGAUGCAUAGGUUCCCUGCAAGCCUACGCGGUCUCGGCAGCCAUUACAUCGUGCCGAGGGUCGUGGCCAUCGGUCCUUACCACCACGGCUCACCCCACCUUGGGCAGAUGGAGAAGGUGAAGCACGUGGCUGCCUACCACUUCACCACCGGGUCAGGCCACUCGCUUGAGAAAAUCUAUGAGGCUGUCGUCAAGGUUGCAGACAAGGCCCGCCGCUUCUACGGUGACGACACGGCGCCAUGUAUCAGUCAUGCUGACUUUGCGGCUAUGAUGUUCUAUGAUGCAUGUUUCUUGCUCGAGUUUAUGCUUAGUGGUGACAUGGAGAAGUUCUUAGAUCCAGAGAUGCUAUGCUUUUUUAGCUCCAAUGCAGAGCAUAUCUAUAAUGAUGUGAUGCUGCUGGAGAACCAGCUCCCAUGGUUGGUUGUGGAAACCCUCCUCAACUUUAGGUCUGUGGCAGUGAAGAAGAGAAUUUCAAUGAUGGGAGAAGGUCUCACAAACCGUAUGUAUCACACCAGACCAGAAGAAAUCCUUCCGUACAUGGAUGAAGAGUACAAGCCGCCACACCUCCUUGGUCUCCUCCGGUUCUACAAAACAAACAGGAAGAAGACCAUCGAAGCCAGCAAUAUAGCCUACACUGAUCAAAUAGUUUCAAUAAGGAAGAUGGGCAACCGAACAAUUGGCAACCGAACAAUUGGUGAGCCUAGACUCUUGCGUACAGAGAGACAUAUAUCGACAGCCAAGUCCAGGAAAACACUCAGUUCAAUGUCAAUAUGUACAAGUGCCAUUGAGCUUGCAGAAAUUGGCAUCAAGCUGAAAGCCAUCAAGACAGGAAGUUUCACAGAAAUCGGCAUCAGGAAAGGACCCCUCUUUGGUGAGCUUUUCCUGACUCCAGUGGUUCUAAGCAGUACAAUGGCAUGUUGGCUUGUAAAUAUGGCGGCUUUCGAGGUAUGCAUGACAUCAGGGUACCAAGAAGAUGAUGAAGAGAUGGCCGUCUGCUCGUAUAUCGCCCUCAUUUCGAUGCUCAUGGACCGGGAGGAGGAUGUGCAUGAGCUACGAACGAAGCAUAUUGUGCAAGGAGAACUCACAAACAAGGAGAUGCUCGAGUUCUUCAAGAGCCUUACCAAGCACUUGUCUGCCGGCCGUUCGUACCACCGCAUCCUGAGACGCACUGAGAGCUACAAGGUCAAAAGGUGGAUGUGGAUCCAGGUGCACAAGUUCAUCUACAACAAUUUCAGAACCAUUGUCACAGUCUUUUCCGUGGUUGGUGUUCUAGUGGGCAUCUUCAAGACACUCCUCUCUCUCAAGCAACACCAGCCAAUUUAAAUACUCUGUUGUGUGCUUA